ACUUGGUGGAAAGCUUCAGUCGUAACUGGACAGGGUACUCACUACAGUGAAUUUGCUCAUAGUUUAAGUGUCUUCAAUCUUCUUUCCUAUUUUUUUUUCGAAUCAACAAUAUUUGACCUUUAUAUCUGUGUCGUUCUUCAAUCCUCUUCAAAUUUACAUUUUUGUGGUAUUUAUGGAAUAUGUUAACAGAGAUGGAUUAUAUAAGAGAGUUUGAUAUCAGGCUCGAUAAGGAAUACUAUUAUCCUGGAGAGCAAAUAAAUGGAAACGUAAUCUUGGACACCAUCGAAAACUUCAAAUUGAGGACUAUCAGAAUUUUACUCAGAGGAAAGGCGCAUGCAGAAUGGAAAGUUCUUCUUUCAGGAGACAGAAAAACGGUGAAAGAUGAUCAAUACUUCAUCGACGAGCGUCAAGUGAUAUGGGGUGAAAAAAACCUUGAAACUACAAUACCAAUUCUACCAAGAGGCCUACACAAAUUCCCUUUCAGAUUCUCGCUUCCCGAAUCCAGUCUGCCAUGUUCAUUCGAGAGCAAGCCGACCUACAUAAGGUACUAUUUCAAAGUGACGAUCGACAUCCCUUACGCAAGCCCACCCCAAGGGAUGAAAUAUUUUACAGUGAUCGGACCACAUAUUGACUGCAUGGAGGAGCAGUACCUAAAGCCUGUAGUGUUGGAGGAUAGGAAGAGUACUUGCUGUUGGUGCUGUAAGAAAGGCACCCUCAUGUUGAGGGGUGUUCUCGAGCGAUCGGCCUAUGUUUGCAAAGAAAGCAUCAAAUUGAAGGUGACGAUCGACAACCAAUCGGAAAAUGAAGUUAGGUUGGUUGUUAGAUUAGAACAAUGCUGUGAGUUCUUCAUAGAUAGAGGUGUUCUUGGAGUCAGCAAAGAUUCCAAAUUUCUGGUCUUCGAAUACAGGGGGAGCAAUGUCAAACCACACACAAGAAGCAAAUGGGACAGUGCAAAUAGCUUAGUGAUUCCUCCAAUGCCAACAACUUUAGUUGGCUUUUGUAGACUGGUACAAAUUUAUUAUAUUUUGACUGUGAGCCUAUAUAGCGAUAAGGAGCCUGAUCUCGUGCAAAUACAAUUCCCGAUAACGAUUGGAACAGUACCCUUUAGAAUCCCGAACAGUAACCAGACACCGACAAUAAAAUAUGAACAUGCGUGCUCUCACGUAGAAGGGGGCAGGUAUAUCGGUCCUGAAUUCCUUUUGGGACAGGUGUACGAUGGUAACGAACACCAUUUGAGAGAACCUGUUGUUUUGUACAAACCGCUCUACGUCACAGUGGACAAAAAUGCAGAAAAUUAAGGAACAUGGCAAUAAGAAGCAGGGUUUUAAUUUUUUCAGAUCAAUUCGUGAAGACUGAAUAUAAAGUAAAAUAGCGUCAAUUUUUUAAUUUUUGUAACUUUACAAAACAAAAAGUAAUAUCCAAAUCGACUUAGCCGAAAUGUAACAUUGAAAAAUAUGAAAUUUCAUUUUAAUCAUGUGUGGGGAAAGUUCUCGUUUACGAUAGAACUUUUUUGAAGUUUUUAUUAUGCGUAACUUUUUCGACACACAGAUGUUACGGUGAUUAUAGGAAUUGGAUCGGGGUUCAAGAAAAAUUAUUUAUAUUGAAAUUUAAUCAAAAAAAAAUUAAUGAAUAUUCUAAGGACCCUGAUAGAAACUUUACCCUUUAGUCUGAAUGAAUAGGUAUUAGUAUGCGUAAUAUUAACCAAGAAAAUUUUUAUCAAGUGAUUGUGUUUAAAAUUCCUUCAUAUGUUUUUCAAUUUAUUUAUAUUUUUGUUUUAUGUAAUAUUGUGAUUUGAAAAAUUUAAUUUUUUGAUGGGAGAAUAUUAGCCAAUACCACAUUUUAUUAUGUUUCAAAUUUGAACACAACUAAUUUGCUGGCGCUAGCGCAAAAAUAAUAUCGGUUAUAAUUUCAAAGAAAUAGCCCUGCUAUUAUGAAUUGAAUAUUUUGAAUGUCUGCCCAAAAUACUACUAAAAGUCUGUUACCUUAACUUCAAUGUAAUGUGGCCAAAUUUACAAUUAUACCUCUUGAUAUAUGUUUCGAUAUUAAAAAUCCUUGUACACAGCUCUACUCAAUAACCAUCAUAGUAGGUGGUAGGAAUUUUGAAAAAAGUUAUAGGAAUUACAAUUGUACAAAUUCUUACCUACUCAGUGUGUUUGUAGUUCCAACUAUGCAGAAUAAUAUAAUCAAUUUGCCUUUUUUCAUUAGCUUUUUAUAAUAAUGUGUUAUUUAGUAGAUAAACUAAAUUUUUCUUAUGAACUGUUAUUUCAUCGCACAAAAUGUAAUGUAAUUAUUUCAGUAGGUACAGUUCAAUAGAAUAAUUCAGUGUCUUCAAAGAUAAAGAUCAUUGGAUUGAAAUAUUUCAUUUGGAGAUUCGACAAAUCGAUACCAAAUAAAAUACUCAAGUAAAUGGGAAUAUAUUCAAAAAGGAGGAUAAAAACUAAAUAUUCAGAACAAAUAAAAUCAAUACAAAUUUUAUUGUUUCUUGAUGUGCCAAAUUUUAGUUCAUAAGUGACUACUUAUGAAAUACUGAAACAUCUUACCGAUAUGAGAUUCUGAUGAUUUAAAACAAUGACUUUCAACGAACUGUAUAAAUUUAAUCUAUAUAAAUAGAAAACUUCCAUGGCAAUUUCUGUGUACAGCGAUUUUUGAAAAAAUAUUAUUUUACAUAAACCUAUUGAAUAUGAUCGUGAUAUUCUUUCAGAUAUAUUUUUUGUAUGAAUUUCGAAUUUUCAGAUUGAUUUACACAGUUUUGAUGUUUAUAUAUAGGACAAAUAGGAUAUAUCCGAGAAGAGAAUUUAUGAAUGUUAAUAUUGUGAAUGUUGAUAUGUAGUUAACAGAAAAAAUAUCGUAUAUUUAUAUGGUUGUUAAUUUUUUUUGUCAUAGUUAAUAAAUGUUUCCUUAUAAA